AUGGCUUUAAUUCAGCCGGAGCCAGCUGUUUUUGCUCUGUUUGGUAAAAGAGGCCAAGACGUGGAAAGCUUGCAAAGCUAGUAGAAAUUAGUCUCGGUGAUCGAGGCUUCCUGCAAACCAUCUGCUUGCAGUCACAAAAGGAGGAUUUUCUGAGUAAACUAAAGAAAUAUAGGCUCAUAAAAAAAGCUUUGAAGGUCUAGUUACUUUCGCGGUGAAUGGUGACGGUGUUACGGCAGGUUCUCUUUUUUUUGGGGGGGGGGAGAGACCUUUUUUGGGGGCCAAGCAGAAAGGCUAACCCACGUCUGAUAAGCGUUCACUUUCUCUCACAUUGGAAAUCAUUUCACGGAGGCGUUCCGUUUUAAUUAACGGAUUGUGACCACUUUACAUUCGAUUAAUGUUGAACCACUUAGGCUAUCAUUACUCGAAUAACAUAUUCAAUCAAACAUAGGAUAAAUAUAUUGGCUGUAUUGUUGAUGAAACUUAGUCUACAUUAAAAAUCACGUGCUUAAAGUAAUGCUUUGAAGUAUGAAGCAAGAAAGUAUAAACUAACAUCAUUAACAUUCGUUUUUCGUUUGUUUUUUGUGCUUUAAAACAUUUCGUUAACCUUGUUUGUACUGAAAGCAAAUUAUAGCCUAACUUGAUGAGAAUGUAUUUAGGCUAAUAUGAAUUAAACAUUUCUGGUAGGUUGAAUGCAUUCAGUUGUGCAACUGAUUAGGUAUCCCAUUUUCCUUCCCUAAUGUUAUUUUAUUUCGUUAGCCUAUAUUUUUGUUUUGCUUUUAAUAAACAAGUACGUUUUCGUAAACUAUUCGUUUGACAUAUGCUUAUUAUUUUAGCCUAUACACUAUUUCGGCAAAAAUAAAAUAGUCGCAUGAAUGAAUUUCUGUUUGGAAAUUGAUUUAUUUGAACUCUAAUGCCUGGUUAAAGACAGAGCAGACUAAACGCGACGGUAAACAGGCUCAAAUCCCGCUUUAAUGUGAGUUGUAUACCAGCUUUCAAUGUCCGCUCAUAUGAAUGCGUUUUAAAUCAAAUCAUAGAUGCACUUUUAUUCAGCUGGUUAAAACAGCAGAACAAAACCCGUCUAUAGAAAUAAAGCUUUUAUUCCAGUAGGGCUUUAUGAAAGCGGGAGAGGGGCGCCAUGGCAGCUGAUGGUGACAGUUCAUGGUUAACAGGAUCAGCAGUACGCGGUUAGGGCCGCACACUUCUCUGCGCUCGAAUGUGCAGUGGGUCUACGUCUGGCGCACCGAAUGAAGAUUUUGCAAAGCCUGUGAUAUUUAACACAUCUGUUAAAGCGUUCCGAGCGCAGAAAUCCGUUUAAGACACUAUUCCAUGACGAGGUCUAGAUUGACUGUUGAGAAUCCGAGGAAACACGAGGCCAAUGGACAUUUUACGCAAUCCACAUAUUCCUAAAUAAAUUCACAUUUUAAAGUAGGGUAGUUAUACAGGUUGCUAAAUGAAACCGUGGCGAUUAGACUUAGCCUAUUGUUGUUAUCAUGAUUGUGAAAAUGAUUGUCAAUAUUCAUAGCCUAUAUUAUUUGUUCAUUCAUGCAAUAUUUAUUAAUAUUUAUAUGAUUUAUUGAUUUAUUUGUUGUUGUAAUACGAAUUAAUUGUUGUUGUUUUCGUCAUGAUCGCGUUAUUAUAGCCUAAGCAAUGUGGUAUAAACUCAACUGCAUUCAAUUGUAAUUUUUAGUGGGCUAUAGCUUUCAUUAGGACUUUUGAUCCAUUAAAACACAGCAGGGGAGACGAAUAAAUAUAGCUACUUCUUCUGGUUAAGCCCUCAUUCAGAAGCUCCAAAUUAUGUCUGAAUCUUUUAGGAUAGCUUUUUAAUUAGCCUGCGUGCGUCUCCACCAAACAAAACCAAAUCGCAGGGCCUCAAUGGAACGUGGUCAAUAUGCAAAAUUGAUGACUAUGGCUCUUUUGUGGAAGGGACAUUGUGUGUUCCUUGCUUAUGAAGUCUAAUCCAAUCAUAAAUUACACUCUCUAGCCAAUCAACGAUCCCGGGACGGCGCUUGAAAGCGACUCAUGUAGAGAACUUUGUUGAACCUCAUUGUUGAGGCUGACAGUUCUGAAAGGAGCUUUGGGGCAGCCUGCUAUAAAACGCCUCUCCCCAGAGUAGAGGGGCCAGAGGAGUAAAGCUCGUCAUUCAGAUUGGAACCUAUCAGAUCCUCACUUGUUCUUGACGGAGUAUUUCAACAGAUCGUUUCGUGUUGCGUUAUACUACAGACGGGACCAUGAUGAUCCCAAGCGUCCUUGCGCCUAAUGCGAUGUACCCAGGCCUUUACCGCCCCUCCGCCUCCAUGCCGCUCCAACGGUCUCUGCAGAACGCGUUUCCAACCCACUCCAGCUUUCUAGUGGAGGACCUGCUGCGGAUAAGCAGGCCGGCGGAGUACCACUUCAGCCGGACGCUCCCCUCAGCAAGCGUCUCCCCGGCGACAACCACCACAACCAUGUCCUUCAGUGCCAUGCCACAGGAGCGCAUCGUCUCUCCAACUGCCUCGACGCGUGAAUCAUGCUCUCCGAAAACGUCACAACCGAGUAGUAAAGACCCAACGUAUCUUAAAUUUGGAGUCAGCGCAAUCCUGGCCCCAUCACCAAAGACCGCAUCGUUGCCUCCCGCCAUCCACCACAGUAUGCACCCCAAGGCCUUCUCUCUCCCCUACUUCGACGGAUCCUUCCACCCCGCCUUCUUCAGGUCGACAUAUUUCCCAGCAUCUUCAUCGGUCGUGCCCAUCCCAGGGACCUUCUCUUGGCCCCUGGCCAACAGAGGGAAGCCGAGGAGAGGGAUGCUCCGACGGGCAGUGUUCUCUGACGUGCAGCGCAAAGCUCUGGAGAAGAUGUUCCAGAAACAGAAAUACAUCAGCAAACCAGACAGGAAGAAGCUGGCCUCAAAGCUCGGUCUCAAAGACUCGCAGGUUAAAAUCUGGUUCCAGAACCGCAGAAUGAAGUGGAGGAACUCUAAAGAGAGGGAGCUCCUGUCUUCAGGAGGUUGUCGCGAGCAGACCCUGCCCACCAAAACGAACCCACACCCAGACCUCAGCGACGUCGGCAAGAAGUCCUCCGCGGAGGAGGACGAGAUGGAAGAGAACCCAUUCGGCGCUAGAGGCGCGCCUGGCCUUUGCCAUUCCCCCGCAGCGGGGCACGAGCUGUCCAACAGCGGCGGAUCGAACCUCUCGUCGCCAUCUCUCUCCAGCAAGCACUCGGAAUUCUCAGAAUCAGAUGAAGAAGAGAUCACAGUUUCUUAAUUGAUUUAUAAAAACUCAGAUAUGUUUAUAAAAUGGUUAUCCACAGGUUAACUGUACCUAUGUGACCAUGUUUGCAAGAGUCUGUAUCCCUUAAUUUAGACCCAACUACUAAGAAAUGUAUUUAUUUCAUAUUCCACAAUAUUUUCAAACAAUGAACUUCUGUCAAAUCAAUUUAGGCUACAUCCAUGAUUAUUUCUUUUAAAAAAUAACUGCAGGGUUUAUUUUAUAGAAAGGGCCGGCUCUAGCCUUCUGGGGGGCCCUAAGGGAGAUUUUGUUGGGGGGCCCCCACCAAGAGGGCAAUUUUUUUUAGUGGCUCCCCUCUUGACACCAGCGUUUUAAAGUGCAUUUCCUUUAAUUCUACACAUUUUGACAUGUGGCGAAUGGAAAAUGUUGCAGUUAUAAAGAAAGUUUUCAGCAGGUCUACACACUUUGCCAUGGGGUGGAAAGAAAAUGUGGCAUUUUUAUAACACAUUUCAUGCAAUUCUACUCAUUUCCCCAUGGAGUUGUAAAACAUUUUUGCAGCUUUAAAGCAAUUUCUUUGCAGUUCUACAUAUUGCGCCAUGGUGUGGAGUGAAAAUAUUGACAUUUUAUAAUAAUGUCAUUAAAUUCUACUCAUUUUGCCAUGACAUGUCAUGUUAAUGAUAGCUGAGUGAGAGUGAUUAAUGGGGCCCUGGGCUCGGUCGGAAUUCGGCCAUGAUUUUCUACAAGUUUAGAUGACUGGCUAGACUAACUUACCAAUCUAAAAAAUUGUUUGCAGGAAUGGCUAAUUGAGUGACUGACAAAACAAGAGAAGAGCUGCUGAUGCACAACCAAAUUUCAAACUUGCACCUUGUGUAUUCUACUAUUCUAACUCUCAACAGUAAGUUGAGAACCUGACUGAGUUCAAAGAAAUGAUAUAGUGGGCCCAAGUGGCCCUAAGCGAC